UUAAUUGUAAACUGCAAUACACUCACAUCACUGAUAUUUAUAUUACCAUUCAUACUCAGGAAGGAAGUUAGUCAUUAUGAUCGUGUGAUACAUCUACUUCAGCCGAACACGCAUCAAGCAGACAUUAAAAACCCAAGGUGAAGGUUAAGCCGCAAGUAACGCCAUAUUAAGUCCAGAAGUGUAUGGCGUCUUUCUAAUAAUGGAGAUUCAAAUCAUCCCAAUUUACUUUAUUCACAAGCUAUGAGUGGCAUUGUUGAGUCCUGUCCUGGGAAUUCUACAGGAUUUGCUGAAGCGUCGUCCAGACUGAACUGUAGUCGGGAUCAGUAUGGGAAUGAUCAGUACAUCUGUGUCCCUAACGUCAAUAAGACUGCCCUCGUGGAGUUUUGUUAUGGUGGAAUUAUGGGGAUCAGACAAAGAGGUAAUUGUUUAGAAGUCAGCGAAAGAGAACUUUUUAAAAGAAAUUGUACAGGGUUUGUUGACGGCUGUCCAGAGACGCAUAUCAGGAUCGGUACAAUAUACAAAUAUCCCGCCUGCCUGAGAAUCAACACAGACUACAAAUGCUAUCUUGCUGACCCGUCUUGUCCAAAUAAAACACGGGAGUUCACUACAGAGGACACCUGGGGAAGCCCUACGACAAGCUUCGGGACGACCUUCUCUAACACAACAGAGACAUACGACUCUACAACGCUACCUACAAACGCCGUGCCUGUUGGGGCGAUUGUUGGAGUACUGCUAGCUUUUCAUGUCAUCAUUGGAAUUGUAAUAGGAUUCGUUGUCUGGAAAAGGAGAAAGAAAUGGAAGAGAACAGGUACAAUCAUUGUGAUACUAUGUAUUAAUAAGAGAAAGAAAUGGAUGAGAACAGGUACAAUCAUUGUCAUGAUAUGUAUUAAUAAAAUAAAGAAGUGGAUGAGAAGGGAUAAACCGGAGUGGAAGAAGAGAAAGUUAGAGAGGAAGAUGAAAAUACUUGGUGAUUGCAGCGAUUGGAAAACAAAAAUAUCAGACCAGUUCUCCUCCCUGUCUGAUGACGAGGAGUGCGUGUUAUUCUGUUUUCUGUGUCCUGACUCCGGUACCCCCGACUUUACUGAUGCAGACUGUCUGGACAUUCUUAAUGUGAUACGAUAUGACGUGUACUAUAAGGACCGUGUAACAAGUGAGGAGGCACAGCGGACUCUGGACGGACUGAACUCACGUGGAUUUCUUUGGGAUCAGGACGGAGUGGACAUCACUGAGGACGCCAAGGACGAGACCAUGUACCGUGUUACAGAACGUCGUAUAGAACGUGUUAUAGUACGUAGUGUUUCACUGCUCCCCGUGUAUCAGUUCUCCAGUUAUACUACAGCAGUGAGGUAUCUGAGAUCACAGAGAUACACCAGGAAGUCUGGAGAGAAAUGUGUCAUUAGUGUCGGCCCGAACUGUGAUCCCUUACUCAUACGCCGUCUACAGAUGAACAUACUGACCCACGUCACCAUGGAGGACACGCGUUUCUGUGAUGAAGUGUCACAGACAUUAUGUAUUCCUCAAGGCAUUUUCAAACAAUCUACUGAGGACCGAAAGGAAUUUCUAAAUAAUCUGACACAGACUGGGGAGUAUGUGCAACACAGAGACAGUGUACAACCCGUCAAGUGGAUCUGGAGAAACCACAGACCUGGCAUCGCGAGAUCCUGUAUAGGUCUCCACCCACACUGUGAUAUUUACAUCAUCAACAACACGCCUUACAGAAAACACAGUAAAUAUCAUGACUACUCAACAGACGACAGAAUCACGCUGUACUGCCUAUUAUUGGCUGAUGGUUAUAUGUUGAAUGUCAAAGAGAAUUCCUACCAAAGCAACUUCAAUAAAAUCAAAGAAAGGUAUUUUGGUGAAAAUACCACACCUGAUCAUGAGAUACGUGAACCUCUACCUGAUGGAAUCAUAAAAACACCGGACGAUGUAAUAACGUUUGUCUCUGACGACAUCCGACAUGACGUCAUGUACGCGUUCGUUACGGAGUGUCUGGUGGAGGACAGUGAUCUGAAGUUUUUCCUGACCACGGCGUCACGUGACGUGAUAUCAGAAUACUGUCGGUCGUGGGGUUAUGAGAGGAGUGAGACAGGGCGAUGUCUGUAUAUACCGGAGAGACCGCUGGAGAUGUACGAGCUGUUCAUAGACAAACUACAGCUGGACAUCCUCCCACACAGGACCGUGUCAGACAAGGGGAUUCAUUACAGUAUCAGUGCACGUUUGGGAGUCCCUGGGGAAAUAUUAAACUGGGACCAAGAGGCCAGAGAGCGGUACGUGGAGUACGUCAAGAGAGGAACACAGACGGUCCACCACGCCAGGGGGAUGAUCGUAGGAUGUGCCGGGGCCGGCAAGACCACGCUACUGAAACGUCUGCUCAGGUGUAGUGACGCAGAUAUACGGGGUGUGACGUCAACGGAAGGACUGGAGGUCCACGAGGAGAUAUUCCAAAUAUGUGAAGAAACGAGAACAUUAAAAGCUAAGAAAACGCCGGGCGGUGAUCAGAAGACCUUGAGUGUCUUUGACUUUGCAGGACAGUGUCCGUACUACGCCUGUCAUCAAAUUUACCUGACCAGAAGAGCUUUCUACAUGUUGGUAGUGGACGCCUCUAAAUAUCUGGACCAGGUGGUGGAUAAGAGUGUAUGUGACCAGGACGGCACCGUGUUUUCUGGGUGGACAUACAAAGACUACUUUGUCUUUUGGAUAAAGUCUAUACAUACCUACUGUGGGACAGAAAAGGAGGGCGAACCAGACCCGGAAGUCACCAUUGUGGCAACGCACUGGGACAAGAAUGUCUAUCAGAAUAACAAAGACAGCCUUCUAACCACUUUGCAGCACCUGUUCUCGACAAAUUCUACCUUGGGUGCAACGUACAUCAGAGAGGACAACAUUUUCCUCACAAAGUUGUCAGAGGAAUCUCCGAUAGAAACAUUGUCUGAUUUAGAGAAACACAUUGUUGAAAUUGUUUGUCAAAAAAGAUGGGCUGAAAACAUUCCAAAAGAAUGGGCCUUCAUGGAAAUCGAAAUCCCCAAAACGAAAUCCACAAUAAGAAUAAAGAGUAUUCAUGAAAUACCAAUCGAAGUGCGCCAAGCACAAUACGAUAUGCUGAGAUACUAUCAUGAUGCCGGGAAAAUCCUGUACUUUAACGAGACGGGCUUGCAGGAUUUAAUCAUCAUUGAUGUACAGUGGUUUGUCGAUGCAUUUAAGAACAUAAUCACAGACAAACUACACAGGGAAGGAGUCAAGGCGAUAAUGAAUGAUUGGGACGAGUACUACCAGACAGGACACCUCAAAGACAGUCUUCUUACAGAGAUCUGGCGGAAGAAAGACAUCGAGCUACACCAAGAAUUACUGGCGAAAGGCAGGGCAGCCAUUGAGGAUGACACAUCAAAGGAUCCACGGUAUCUGCUUCCUCAUAAAGACGAGAUUCUCAGGUUUAUGAACAGACUGGGGCUAAUAGCCGUUGGUGGGGAGUAUCACUAUGUCCCAUGCAUGAACCGCAAAAAUAUUGAUGAGAAAUUUGCUAAAACCAUUUCUGGAUCAAAGAACAAAUCUUCGGUUCUGAUUUUUCAGUUUGAUUUUUUGCCUUAUUUUCUGUUCUAUCAACUUGUUGUUUCAUGUAUGCAGUUGAAGAAUUGGAAAGUACUUAGAGAUAACAGGAAACUAUGCCUUUACAAAAAUGCGGCUCUGUUUUUCUCCACUGACCAUCAUAUUGCAAUAUCCGUUACAGAAACGACAGUUCAGCUUCAGGUAUACCUCCCAGGUACAGACAGAACUCUGGACGUAAAGCAAACCUGCGAUAUCCAAAGAGUAAUAGAGGAAAAACUCCAUGCAAUUACAUCAUUGUCUCGCAGAGGAAAGGGGUAUAUUAGGGGUUUUAUUUGUGAAAAGGGAAUAGAUCAGUCCACCAUUACGGCAAACACAGAGUGUUUCAUUUCCGAAUCGGAAAUAAAAGAAAUACAAGGAGACAAAAUCACGUGUCCUUUACAUGGAGCUACGGAUCAUCAUUUUAUCGACAAGAACGAACUGACAAAAUACUGGAAGACCAAUUGAAAUAAGAAGUAAUGUUAAAAGCAGUUUGAUUUAUAUUUUUUGCAGGUAGUGAUGAAUGACUUGUGAGACAGUGCUGUACAGAUUUGAUAAAUCAAAUUUCUUAUACUGUUCAUAUAGCUUAACUAUGCCUGGCAACAUCAACUUGUAAAAAUAUAUGACUUAGAUACCAACAGUGACAUUAUGUUGAUAUGUAUGUCGUUCUGAUGCAAACACAAAACAUCGUCAUAUUUGUCAAUGUAUAGCCUGAGAUAUCAACGCAUGACUUAUACAUUUUAACCAGUAAAUCCUACUGGUCAUUUUAAUAUGUGACAUUAUAACAAAUAACAAAUAGUAACACUUAACAGCAAUGGUAUAUUAAAUACAUGGACUUGUGGUAUCCAGGAAUUAGCAGCACAAUCAUACUAUCUACUAUCAACAUAAAAUGUUUUGAUGAUACUGUAAAUUGUUUACUUCAAUGGAAAUGCGUCAAUUUAGAUGUAUAGUGGUUACAUUCCAAACAUCAUAUAAGUGAAUGAUUAGGAAUACAGCACGUGAGAAUGAUUGAUCAUUCAAUCUGAGAUUUAAACACAAACAAAAGUCAAAGGAUUUACAAUGUAAAACGGUUCAUAUGGUUUAUUUGAUAUUUUAGAGUUUUCUAUGCAGUCUCCAAUAAAUGUGUAAUUAUU